AUGGCCGAUCUGACGGCUAAAUGGUUUCAAGCAGUUGCCAAAGGCUAUACCAAGGUCAUAGAAAUGAAUAUUGACAAGUAUGCGCACACUCAGGAUGAGCUGGGAGAGACAGCCUUGAUGAAGGCAGCACGCAUGGGCAACAGAGAGCUAGCGGAGAUACUCGCUCCUCAUGAAUCUGGUGACACAAAUAUUAAAAUGGAAACAGCACUCAUGAUCGCCGCGGCAUCUCAGUCAGCAGAGAUCGUCCGGUUACUUGCAGAACUAGAACCUUGUUGUAGAUUGAAGGAUGGAUGUACAGCUUUGAUGAUUGCCACAAUGAGCAGCAAUGUGGAGGCAGUGAAGAUACUUGUCAAUCUGGAAGGGGGGCUUCAGCGCCUUGACGGAGCCACCGCCCUCAUGCUAGCAGCAAAGAAGAACAUUCACUCUGUAAUCCCUAUACUUCUUCCGGUUGAGAAUAAGAUCCAGGACAAGACGGGAUGGACUGCGCUCAUGUAUGCAGCGAAGAGUAACGCACUUGAUGCAUUGAGAUUGUUGUGUGCAGAGGAAGCCAACAUCUCAGAGGAGAACGGCAAGACAGCCCUCAUGAUCGCCGUUCAGGCUGGCAACUUCGAUGUUAUUGAGGAUCUGUCCAGGCACGAAGCUGGCAACCGCAAUAAGCUGGGGUGGACUGCGUUGAUGCAGGCUGUCCAAGAUAACAAUAUAGAUGCAGCAAAGCUUCUUGCAGCCGUGGAAAAUGGGCUACAAUCGAACAACGGCAUGACAGCACUAAUGAUUGCAGCCCAAUCAAACUUCCUGGAGAUUGUUUUGCUACUCUGCGAUGUUGAAGACAUGUACCAGGACUCCCGUGGGCGGACAGCGCUCAUGCAUGCAGCAUACGCAGGUCAUGUGGAUAUAGUUAAGAUUUUGGCAGACCGGGAAGCCCUUGUCGUGGACACAAAUGGCAUGACUGCGAUGAUGGUAGCGGCCUUUGCAGGUCACCUUGAAGUUGUCGAGUUUCUCUCAGCCAAAGAGGCAAAAAUAAAGUGCAAAAACGGCAAAAGUGCAUACGAUUAUGCAGCAUCUAAGAACCAUAAGGCGAUAUGCGAAUACUUGCGCCCACUAGAGAGCUUUUAA